CGAGUUCAUAUGGCCGUACGCUGUGGCCGUGCAUGGAAGUGAAUAGAAGAGAGGAGCCAAGAACUAUAAGGGACUAGCACGUGGACCUCCAGAACACUACUUUGUGACAUAAAACAAGGAAAAUGCCGUCCGAAAAGGACAAUAAAGGUUCUGACAGCAGUCGGCGAAGUUCAUGGGGUGUCGAACUCGGUGAAAUUGAUAAAAGAACUCGUUUUCAAGUGAAUCGUGUUGAUGCUGCUUCUUCGAAGAACGAUGGAGAAGAGUACGGCGAGUCUGAUCCAUUGCAGGGAGAAGAAGAAGGAUCCAGAAGAGGUUCUCUCGAUAACGCGCGUCCAACAUCUCCAACAAUGCUUCUUUCUCAUACAUCUGACACAUCUGGCUAUGAUACGCGUUAUGCUAAAAGCUUUCGACAUUUCACCCGAGAAGCGCUGCCGCGUCUUGACAAUUACCGGAAUAUAAUGUCCAUACAAGCAGCAUACCGGCCAACUCUGGAUGAACUUCACAAUUCUACCUUACAUGGAAAGAAAGUGGUACUAGAAGAAAAUCGUUGUGAAAUCAAAUAAGCCAACAACGCGACCUGCGGGACCUCAAGCUGAUGCUGAAGGAACAGUGAAAUUUGGCUGGAUUAAAGGCGUUCUAGUUAGAAAUCUCUUGAACAUAUGGGGGGUGAUGCUGUUCCUUCGCCUGUCCUGGGUGGUGGCCCAGGCAGGAAUUGGUCAAGGAAUGUUGCUGAUUCUGUGCACCAGUGUUGUCACUACCAUCACUGCUCUCUCCAUGUCAGCUAUCAGCACCAAUGGAGUUAUAAAAGGAGGUACAAUUGCCUUUAAAAAUCCAUAAGUGUUGUGUGGCACAUAUUAUAUGAUAUCUCGAUCACUGGGUCCUGAAUUUGGAGGUUCUAUUGGUCUAAUUUUCUCACUGGCCAAUGCAGUGGCUUGUGCUAUGUAUGUUGUGGGAUUCUGUGAGUCUAUGAACUCUCUUUUAUCAACAUUUCAGGCUAGUAUUGUAGAUGGUGGCAUAAAUGAUAUGAGAAUAAUGGGAGUCAUUACGAUUACUGUUCUUCUGUGCAUUGUUUGUGUUGGAAUGGAAUGGGAAGCUAAGGCACAAAUUGGUCUUCUUGUCAUACUGCUGGUUGCUAUACUGGAUUUCAUGAUUGGAACAUGCAUUGGACCUCUGAGUGACGAAGCUAAAGUCAAGGGUUUUAUGGGUUAUGACACAAAAUUAAUUGCAGAAAAUUUCAAACCAGAUUACCGUCAGUCUGAAGGAGUGGAACACAGUUUCUUUUCAGUAUUUUCCAUAUUUUUUCCUGCUGCAACUGGUAUACUUGCAGGUGCUAAUAUAUCUGGUGACUUGCUGGAUCCACAAGGAGCCAUUCCAAAGGGAACAUUGCUUUCAAUAGUUUUGACAACUUUUUCAUACUUAAUCAUGGCUUUUAUGUCUGGAGCAGUCAUGGAACGUGAUGCUAGUGGUAACAUUACAGAACUUGCAAACCAAACUUAUUUAGAUUGCACAGAUAGAGAAUGUAAAUGGGGUCUCCACAACAGUUUUCAAGUAAUGGAAUUAGUGUCUGCUUUUGGUCCUUUAAUUUAUGCUGGUUGCUUUGCUGCUACCUUAUCAUCAGCAUUGGCUAGUCUUGUGUCAGCUCCCAAAGUUUUCCAAGCACUUUGUAAUGACAGGUUGUAUCCAUACAUAACGUGGUUUGGUAAAGGAUUUGGGAAAAAUAAUGAACCUGUUCGAGGAUAUGUACUCACAUUUUUUAUUGCUGUCAGUUUCAUUCUCAUAGGUGAACUUAAUGCCAUUGCCCCUUUGAUUUCAAAUUUUUUCUUAGCAGCGUAUGCUUUGAUAAAUUUUAGUACAUUCCAUGCUUCUCUGGCAAAACCAAUUGGUUGGAGACCAAAAUUCCGGUUCUAUAACAUGUGGUUAAGUUUAGUUGGUGCUGGCUUGUGUGUGGCUGUAAUGUUUCUUAUUAGCUGGUGGACUGCGUUGAUAACAUUAGCUGUUGUUAUGGCUCUCUACCUCAUUGUUGCAUAUCGGAAACCUGAUGUAAACUGGGGUUCUUCUACCCAAGCACAGACCUACAAAAAUGCCCUCAUAUCAGUACAGCAGCUCAGUAAUGUGGAAGAUCAUGUGAAGAACUAUCGUCCACAGAUCCUCGUUUUGUCUGGAAUGCCAGGAUACCGUCCUCCUUUAAUUGAUAUUGCAUAUUUGAUGACAAAGAAUCUUUCUCUCAUGAUUUGUGGUCAUAUUGUAAAGGAUCCAUUAUCACAGCGUGUACGGAAUGUUUUAAACUAUAAAGCACAGAAUUGGUUCCGGGUUCAUAAAGUAAAAGCAUUUUACAAUGUUGUUGAUGAAGUUGAUUUUGAAGAAGGUGCCAAAGCUUUACUCCAGGCAUCCGGCAUUGGAAAAUUGAAACCUAAUAUAUUGCUAAUGGGUUACAAAGGAGACUGGAGGGAAUGUGAAAGGAAGGAAUUAGCAAUGUAUUUUGAUGUGAUGCAGUAAGUUAACAUAAUAAAUGUUACUGAAACUCUUAUAAAAAUAUGAACAUUGGAGCUUCAUUUGUGAACAUUUGUUACAGUAAAGCUUUAGAUAUGUAUGUGGCUGUUGCAAUUUUGAGACUGCAAGAUGGCCUUGAUUAUUCUAAGGUAAUUGCUGAUGAUGAAGAAAUGUCAAAUGGUGUAAAUACUCCUGCAGAUAAGGGUUUUUCUAGAACAAGGCAAAACUCUCAAGAAAGUAUUCCUCGAAAUCAGUCAUUCUCUCAAAUGUCACAAGCCAGCAGUGCCAGUGAUUUAUCUGCCCCAGCCACACCAAAUCUGAAUAAAUCUCGAGUUAGUGCAAGUCCUAAUGCUGAAGAUGGUGAUGCUGGUCAUACUGCUGUAACAAUUGUUGAUCCUGGUCAAGAGAAGAAUAAACUCUCUCUCAUGAAGAAAGAUAAGAAAAAGAGAGAAUCAAAAGCAGAUCUUUUUAGGGGUCCAGGAGGUGCUCCAUUACCUAAAGAAGUUCUGAAUUCCCUCACACAGUUCCAAAGGAAGCAGGGGAAAGGCACUAUUGAUGUUUGGUGGUUGUAUGAUGAUGGAGGUCUUACUUUACUUUUGCCUUACAUAAUAAGUACCAGAAGAAAUUGGUCAGGUUGUAAAUUGAGAGUAUUUGCCUUAGCAAAUAAAAAAGAUGAACUUGAAUUUGAACAACGCAGCAUGGCAAGUCUUCUCGCUAAGUUUCGAAUUGACUACUCAGAUUUGAAGGUGAUACCAGAUAUCACUAAAAAACCUCAAGAAGGCACUGUGUCAUUCUUUGAGAGUCUGAUAAAUGACUUCAGAAUUCCUGAAACUGCAUCAGAUGGUAGUGGUGAUGGGAUUUCUAUCAGUGAAGCAGAGGUUUUGGCUAAUGCUGAUAAAACAAAUCGUCAUUUGCGCCUGAGAGAAUUGAUUAUAGAAAAUUCAAUGGAUGCAAAUUUAGUAGUGAUGACAUUACCAAUGCCAAGGAAAAAUGUGGUUUCUGCAGCUUUAUUCAUGGCUUGGUUGGAAACUCUGACAAAAGAUAUGCCUCCAUUCCUCCUUGUCCGAGGAAACCAGACGUCUGUUCUUACCUUUUAUUCAUAAGAAAAAAACUGCAUAAAAUGCUUCAUCUUCUAAUUAAAUGUAUUUAUUGUUACUGUAGAAUGUUGUUCAGUAUAAAAAUGGUAAAAUUAACAUUAUUCCCAACUUCAAUGACAUAUUAAUGGUAAUGAGUUUCCAUUAACAUGUAAUUUAUUCAGAAGAUGCAUUCAUAUAAUUGCAUUCCAUCAAGUCAAGUUUACUUCUUAAAGGAUCAUAUCCAAGUGUGAAGGGCAUGUAUUGAUGAGGAAAUUACAUGCAUAUAAAAGUAUUACCUCAUUACUAUUUUAUUUCAAUCAAAAGUAUGUAUAUAAUUUGAUAGAAAAGGAUAAUGGCACUAAAUCAGGGUCAAGAGUGCACCUUAAUUCUGAGAAUUAUAUAAAAGUAUAAGUACAUCACUCAUGAGUGUGAUGUGCUUAAUUAAUCUUUCAAAAUAUUUAUUUGGAUCAUGUGGUUGUUAGUGUGUCGUGUCUAUUCAAAAGUAUCAUUCCAUGUAAAUAUGAUUGAAUGUAAGUAAUUUUUUCUUAAGUUCUGAUUAAUAUGCCAGUUAUAUUUCUUAAGAAUUGUGUAAUUUUCUGCAUCUUUGUAUGCACAAAGAUAAAAUGGAAAUAAUAUUUUGAUUUCUUUGUUUUUAGUAGUUUUAGUUCCAUGGAGCUUAGAGGCUUAAACAUAUGUAAAUAAUAACAUUUGCUUUGUCUUUUAGUUCAAAUUCAAUUAAUACUUGAUUUUUUUAAAAUGAUUAUCGAAGGCAAUUAAAUUUUGGUUUGUUUCUUAUUCUCAGUAUUAUCAUAUCAAUGAAAAACUACCCAUUUUUAGUAAUAGAAUGGAAUGCAUAACCCCUCUUAGCCAGUAAACUGGCCUUUUAUUAUAGACGAUUUGUGUUUGAUAUUGUUUUGAAGUAGCCUCAAUGUUUGUCAGUCUCUGUAAGUAAUUGUUUUAAAGUAACUAUAUUAUAUUUUGUUAUUUAAAACAUACCCAAUUUAUUUUAAUUAAUUUCAAUGCAAAGGAGUUUAAAAUAUCAAUAUCCAAGGACAGGGAAUUAUAUAAAAAAUAAUGAAGCAAUGUUGUGAAAAUUAACUCUAAAUGGCUUCCUGAUCUUUUUUUAAAAAAAUGAUAUGUUAUUAAUAGUGUAGUGAAUACAUUAUGCACAAUUGUACAUACAAUAAUUGGUUGUGGCUCUAAUUUUCAUUCACUUAAUUAUAUUGGAAAAAACCAUUAAGUAUAUUCAGUUAUUGCAUUUUGUGUUUUGUCUCAUCACUUCUAUUGGUGUAGGUAUUGAUUCAAUACAUUCAUAUGAAAUGUAGGUGAUGAAAUCCAAGCUACUGGUCAUGUCAUGUGGCUAAAUUAUGUGCUUCCUUGUUUAAUCAUACCUAAUGAGGCUUGACCUGUAAUUAGGGCAUUGCAGUGCCAUUAAGUGAAGAAAUAAUACGCUGGCAAAAAAAAAGAAAAAGUUUUUUGGUUUACAAAGCACAGGUUUUAUUUAAGCUUGGAAAGUAGUUUCCAAAACUAUUUGUAGAACUAAGAACAAGUGAAAUGUGCUGCAGACAUGUUUUUAAGUUUUGUAAUAAUGCUUUGUUGCUCUUUUAGUGAUAUUCUUCAAAGUAGUAUUUAACAUUAAUGAAUGAAAGGUUGCUUUGCCUUAAAAGCAUUGAUAAAUGAGCGCUUGAUAGUAUGUUCAGAUCUGAGUGUUGUCAAUAUUAAACUCGAAAGAAGAUUUUUUUAAUGUUUGUUUUUAAUAAGUAGCAUGCAGUAUUAUAGAUGGUAAUGAAAUCAUUUAAAAUGUAUGAAUCUGUGACGUUUGUGAGGUACUUAUUACAUGUUUAUUCAAAAUUAUUCCCUCCAUUUUAUAACUUAUAGAAUGAAUGAAGUGUGCUAAUUAAUGGAAAUUUUUACUAGGAAAUGUAUAUUGUAUUGAAAAACCUUUUUAAAGCAUCAAAUACAUGUCACAUUGUUUAUCAUUUCAAAAUGUAAUGUGAUUUCUGAUCAGAUGAAAGACAGAUCAUUAUCAGAUCAUCAGCAUGUGCAUUCCGAUGUGUGUUCUGAAAUAUUCAGAAUUUCCAAUGAAAUAUCUACAUGGCUUUUCUGAUUAAAUAUCAGAAUAAUUGUUAUACUCCAGUUUCAUAAUUAUACUAAUUGGUAAGUUGUAAAAAAAAAGUGUUUAUUUUUGUAUAGAUCAUUUUUUGUCUUCAAAAGUGUUGACAUUUCUGAAGUACAUUGUAUGAAAAAAAAAUACAUUUGAGUACAAAGUUAAGUUUGUAUUUAUUGCCCCUCCCCACUUUUCAAUUCUGAAUUAUGACUUUUAAAAUAAAAAUACCAAAAGGAGAAAAAGUAUGAAAAUUUAAAUUGAGAAAGAAAAUGAAUGGCCUUCCAAGGAAAUGAAUGAAGAAGAGCGAAGAUAGUAAUAGGAGGAUCGAAGGAUUGAUCCUCGCAUUGCUAACUACACUCUUCUUCUAUAUUUACUCCUAACACUCACCAUGCUGGAUACUCGGAGUCACA